AGAAGGAGGGUGUGUCUGCUUUUGUGAUGUAAUGAUGUGUGCAGGAGGGCGCGUUCAUCAUUAAGUUAAACAGGUAAGCAGGUGCACACUUUGGAGACAGGAGGAUAUAAGGCUACCCAUCACCUGCCGUGAAAACACAGCACAGUGUUGAGUGGCAGAAUGGCCAACUUCAAAGGACAUGCAUUACCAGGUACAUUCUUCCUGUUGUUUGGCCUGUGGUGGUCGAUAAAAUACCCUUUGCGCCAGAUGCGAAGAAGAGAGAGGCGUCGUGGAGACAGAGAGAACAAAAGUCUGACUUUACUCUUUGACCGAAUAGACUUAAUCGAAGGGGCUCUGAAGAUUCUCUUUGCAUUUGCUGGGAUCAUGGCAGAGCAGUUUGUGCCCGACGGUCCUCAUGCUCAUCUGUAUAAUGAUGAUGGCUGGGUGAAGCAGAUGAAUUGGCAGCACAGCACCAUGUACCUGUUCUUCGGCAUCUCUGGCAUUGUGGAUGUUAUCAGCGCCUCUUCUCUUCCUAUUCCAGUCGGUCUCGACCGCCUCUCUCUUUCCUUGGCUCUUUUUGUGGAAGGGUUCCUUUUCUAUUUUCACGUACACAACCGUCCUCCUCUGGACAAGCACAUUCAUUCUUUGCUUCUGGUUGCCGUGUUUGGUGGAUCAGCCAGCACCAUGCUCGAGGUGUUUAAGAGAGAUAACCCAGUGCUGGAGAUUUUCAGAUGCAGUGUGGCCAUCUUACAAGGCACCUGGUUCUAUCAGAUCGGAUUUGUUCUGUUUCCUUUGAGCGGACCUGAGUGGGAUCUGGAAGCCCAUGAAAACGUCAUGUUUAUCACCAUGUGCUUCUGUUGGCAUUAUGCUGUGGCAAUUCUGAUCGUGGGCAUCAUCUACGCUGUGGUUUUUUGGUCUUCAAAAUGGUGCAUCGGAAGACAGAUGGGUGACAUGGAAUUGGGCCUUAGGAAGUCUACGCCCUCUGACCCCAGCUCCCAGAAAGCGUUGCUUCAGGAAUCAGAUGAAGAAUAGAUGGAGCCAUUGAUUUUGGACUUUGAGAAAUGCCAAUUUAGGAAAUAAAUGCACUGUAAGAUUUCUUUGCCAACAAACUGAUCAUCCAAUGGGACGCAAACAACAGAUGCAAACAACUUUGACAAUAUCAAAAAACUUUUUUCUGUGUUCAUGCUUAAAAUAUAUGAAAUGGACUUGUAAAUAAAGUGGUUAUCACAGGUGCUAUGAGCACCUGGCACAAUUCCCACUGAAACACAUUCCUGUCUCACCCAAAGAACGCAGAAACAAUAUAUUUAUCUGGUAAUACAUUUGUGAAUUAUAUUCUCAUUAAAUAUCUAUAUAAUAUAUAAUAAUGCAUGCAAACAUAUUUUUAAUUAAAUGUAAAUACUGCUAGUAUUUGGGAGUGCUUUAUCAAUUGUUAUUCAUGUUAAUGGCCACAUCAUGUAAAUGAAGCGGCACAGAGCAGGCAAAUGAUUAUUUUUGCAUAUACAAGUCCAGGAUCAAGCCUUCAAUUUCUAAUUCACUUGCAUGCACGCACAUAACAGUUGUUACUCAAAAUACAGAUUUGUUUAGCACACUGUAUUUAUUUAUACAUACAUAAACAUAACAUACCAGCUACUGUACAUUAACAGUAUUCAUUCAAUUACACUGCUUUACGAGAAAAUAAGAAAUAAACAAACUCGCAUUCAUAUUUAUGUCAGCAUUUUAUAGCAAGGCCUACAAACCUAGAUUUUCCAGUCUGAAAUUAGUCGUGCUAUCGUUCAUCUGUGAUGUCAAUAUGAUCUUAUCACAAUGCUUACAACCCAUCAAUUUGUACUUGCGGUGAUCAGCAUAUUAAUGAAAUGUCUGAAACAACAAAAUCAGAGAAAACGCUGUGUCAGCUCUGACACCGUUUUGCCAUCUGCUACUUUAAUGGGAAAGUAGAAAGACCUCCAUUGAGAACUUAAAGAGCAAGACACUGUGCAUAUAUCAAUGCACUGAACAACUAAUAAAUCUUCCAGUUGUGUCACUGAGGAUCCGGGUUUGUCUUCGGUGAGGGCGCGGUGGAGACCACCACCGUAGACACAGUGGAUUUUGGCGAGCUGGCCACAGUACGCUGCAGCUGCUGAGCUGGCACCGUCUGAAUUCGAACCUGGGGCAAAGAAACACACUUGUUAGCUCGAAUCAAGACUGCUUUGUAAACAGUGUUUUUGGUUUUCCUUGUAGGACAAGUUUGUUAGGCAGUAAUUUGGUAAAAGUUCAAUAAAGAGUCAACCUGUGUGGCCUGUCCUUGCUGCUGCAGCUGUUGCAGUUGCUGAGCAGUCACAAAACUGACAGGCUUGUUCCCAGCAAUUAUCUUGGUGCCUGCUGGCAUAGUGGUCAGAAUGAUGUUUCUGCCAAGAUUACCAAUACUGAAAACAGAAAAAACAUAAAUAAACAUGAUGGUUGAACUUAAAA